GAUAGAUAGAUAGUCUUAAUUCUUAAAUAUAUAUAUAUAUAGAGAGAGAGAGAGAGGGGGGAGGGAGGGAGAGAGAGAAGAUCAAAUCCAUGGCGGCGGCGACGGCAUCGAAGAAACUGAAAGCGUUGAUGAACCACCCAGCAGGCCCUAAAACAAUUCAUUUCUGGGCACCAAUGUUUAAAUGGGGGAUUAGCAUCGCAAAUAUUGCAGACUUUAAAAAACCAGCAGAGGAGGUUUCUUAUCCUCAGCAAGCAGCUGUUACACUGAGUGGGAUAAUCUUUUCACGCUACAGCACUGUCAUAAUUCCGAAAAACUGGAACCUUGUUGGCGUGAACAUGACAAUGGCUGCAACAGGCAUCUAUCAGCUUACGCGUAAAGUCCGGCAUGACUAUUUUUCCAAGGAGGAGGAGGAAGAAGAAGCUGUAUCUGCUUUGGCCAAGGAAUAACAACAAGAAGAAAGAAGAAAGAAGAAUUAAGAACUGCUUCCAGCCAGCCAGCCAGCCAGCCAGCCAGGGAAU